CGAGCGCACAGCAGAUCACAGCUCACACCAUAUAACCCAAUUAUCGUUAUUGGGUAGAGUUAAGGGUUUGUGAAUUUCUAAUCAUCUUAGGGCGUAAAAGAGAUCUUGAAGCUCUCUGCUUGUGAAGUCAACAAUGGCACCUCUUCCUGGACCUUACUCUGGAACCAGCACCCUUGCUCUGGUGGCUCGUACUUCAGCCUUCACAUUUGGACUUGUCUAUGGUAGCAUGAAGCUCAAGUAUCUCAAGGUGGUGGGAAACUAUUUGAUAACCGCUCGUUGUGCAUAGCGCAAAUACAAGGGAUAUUUCUUCAAGAGUACCUGAUCCACUCCCAUGAGAUGAAUUUGGAUUCAGAAGCAGAAGGAGAUCCAUGGAUUUAUUAUCUCAUAGCCUGUAUGAUGUUGAUACAAACAGAACUAGAGGCCCAAAUUCAGUCUUAUGCUUUAGUGUGGAAGAUACAUAGAGCAGUUUGUUGGUUUAGGAUGCAAAUGUUUCUUUAUAUAAAAGACAGACCAUAGUGAAUACUUAUUUGCACCCCAUUGGCUCGCAGGAACUGAAUGGUAAGAGCUAGUUUCUUCCUCUCCAAGUAUGGUAGAUCCUGUUUUAUCUAUUUAUCUAGUCUGUCACCUUAUAUUAAAAGAGAAGUUUUACUGGAAAUGAUCUUUAUCUUUAUGAGUUGUCUAAUUUAGAUCCAUGGUGCAGUUGCUCAUUCAAUGCUACAUACUCAUCCCCACAACUUUCAUCUCACGUUCAAAAGAUGAAAGUUAUAGAGAUGAGUAUGGUGCAUUGGAUGUGUGGCCAUACCAUGGGUGAUGUUAGAAAUGAAAAGAUCUGGGAUAAGGUGGGAGGAGACCUCAGUAGAAGGCAAGAUGCAUGAAGCAAGGCUGAGAUGUUAAAAUGCUCUAGUGCGGAGGUGUGAGAGGUUGGCAAUAGAUGGUUUCAUGAGAGGUAAAAGUAGGUCGAAAAAGUAGUUGUGGGAGGUGAUUAGAUGGGACAUGGUGCGAUUUCAACUUAUAGAGGAUAUGACCUUAGAUAAGAGGUUUUGGAGGACAUGGAUUAGGGUGGGUGGUUAGUUGGUAGCAUAGUGUUAUCUCACCUAUCUUUCCAUACUAGUAGUUGCAGUACUAGUCAUGGAGUUUCUUGUCCUUCGAUGUUUGUUGUUUUAUUGCACUUCAAUUAUCGUAUUAUUUUGGUGUAUUUGAGUUUCUUCUUAGAAUGCUUUUGACAUCUUUUUUUUUCUAUCUUUUCUUCUUCUUUAAACUGAGGUAUUGGAAACUACCUCUCGUAGAGGUAAGGGAUCUGCAUACACCUACCCUUUCCCAUACCCCACUUGUGGUAUGGUAUUUUGUUGGUGGUUGGCUCAUUCUGAUGGACCUUCUUCAGGACACAUGAGCACCCAAAAUCCUUCAUCCAUCCACAUUGUGUGUUGGGAUGUGUUUGGAAUUUCUUUUCUAGUCAUCUAAU